GUCUGUAUGCUCAUAAGGUGCCACUGUUUUUAAGCCUUAUUGUUUUUUUUAAUAUUUACUUAUUUUAGGCUGCGUCGGGUCUCAGUUGUGGCUUGGGGGAACUUCCGCUGAGGCACGCGGUUCCCUCGUUGUGGCACCUGGGCUUUUCUAGUUGCGGGCGCAUGGGCUCCGGAGUGCAUGGCUCCGUACUUGUGGCGCUCGGGCUUAGCUGCUCCGUGGCAUGUGGGAUCUUAGUUCCCCGAUCAGGGAUGGAACCCGUGUCCCCUGCACUGGAAGGCGGUUCCUUAACAACUGGACCACCAGGGAGGUCCCAGCUACUUGUUUAUUUUCUUCUGCUGGUUACCUGUCCAUAACUUUAACUAGUUUUUUCGUGCUUUUUCAUGUAUAUAUAGUGGGUUUUUAGAUAUUGAGGAUAUGAAUCUUUGUGUUGCAAAUAUCCCUCCGUUUUUUUUUUUUUCCUUUUGUUUUUGACAGUAAAUAUCCUUGUGUAGUUAGAUCUGUCACACUUUACCUUUGGUGGCAAGCUUAGCAAAAGCGUUCCUCAAUCCAGAAUUGCGCCAUUCAGAUCGUUACUUUUUUGGUUUCAUAUAUUUAUAUUCAGAUCUUUUGUUAUUAUCAAGAAAAAAUAUAAAUGCAUAGAAAUUUUUCCACACAUCCGAGGACUGACUAAAGGUGCUCGUUGGUUCCUGGUGGAGCUGAGACCACAGUGGGCAGGCAGGUGUCCUACUACUGGUGUUUCUGCGGCAAGCAGCAAGCAGAGCCCCAGCCUGAGUCCACAGAACGCCCCAGAGAGGCGACCCUGAUGGACACGUGCACAGCUUUCCUAGCACAGGCACCGAGUGGCGGCCCGGCUUCCUGCUACGCUGCUUUGGUGGCUGAGCAAGGGGCUCAGAGCCCAGGGCUGAUGCUACGACAGGCAACCUUAGAAGAAGGGGGGCGCCGUGGACAGGCUGUGCCAGGACUGUUACGGGGGCCUCCCCGGACACUGCGGUUUCCAGACCCUUGUGGGAAUGAGGAAGCUAGAGAGAGGCCCAAAGGUUCCCCUCGGGGACCAGUUGUUUAUGAGGAAACUGGAGGGCAGAAUGGCCAUGAGGACAGUGUGUCCGGGUCAGAGGUCACCCUGAAUGCAGCCUCCACAGCCGAUAGGAGAGGCCACUGGAAAGGACGGCCUUACCGAUGCAGCACCUGCGACAGGAGCUUCAAAUGCUAUUCAGAUGUGGUGAAACACCAGAGCAUUCACUCUGGGGAGAAACCCUACGAGUGCAGCGACUGUGGGAAGGCCUUCAUCCACAGCUCCCACGUCGUCAGGCACCAGCGCAUUCACAACGGGGAGAGGCCUUACGUUUGUAAGGAGUGUGGGAAGGCCUUCAGCCAGAGCUUCAACCUCAUCAGACACCAGAGAAUCCACACGGGAGAGAAGCCCUACGAAUGUGCUGAGUGUGGCAGGUCCUUCAGUCAGAGGUCAGAUGCCAUUAAGCACCAGAGAAUUCACACUGGCGAGCGGCUGUAUGAGUGCAGCGAGUGCGGGAAAACCUUCAUCCAUAGCUCAAACGUCGUCCGACACCAGAGAAUUCACCACGGAGAGAAUCCUUACGAAUGCAAAGAGUGUGGGAAAGCCUUCAGCCAGAGCUCCAACCUCAUUCAGCACCAGCGGGUCCACACUGGGGAGAAGCCCUACGCCUGCCAGGAGUGUGGGCGCGCCUUCAGCCGCAGCUCCUUCCUCAGUGAGCACCGGCGCAUCCACACCGGGGAGAAGCCCUACGAGUGCGGCGAGUGUGGCCGCGCCUUCAGGGCCCUGUCGGGCUUCUUCCGGCACCAGAGGAUCCACACUGGGGAGAAGCCUUUCCACUGUGCCAGGUGUGGCAGGGCCUUCCGCCUGAGCUUUCAUCUUAUCCAGCACCAGCGAGUUCACGGCACGGAGUGAGCCUGUUGGGGGGUGAACAUGGAGUGGAAAAUUGAGUAAAGAAGAUUGGAGUGUGGGUACAACACCCUUCACUUUUUGCCCACUCCCCCAGCUUUGUGUACUUUGCCCCACAGGAAGAGGAUAAAACUGUCUUGCUGGUCUCCAAGCCUGCCCGUGGAGGCCUGCAGUUUGUCUGCCGCCGCCUUGCCAGGAGCACUGGAAAGGAAAGAGGAGCCUUGGGGAAGGAGACGUGAUGGCAACGUGUGCCUCGGAAGUUAAUUUAUUUCAUUUUCACAGCACUGGGUUUUUUCCUGAAGUAUAAUUUACAUAUAGUGGAACACAUAAAUCUUAAGUGUUUGGUUUUAUGAGUUUCAACAGUACAAUGUGCUUUGACCUUUACAACCACCACACUCUGAAGAUGUAGACUAUUUCCAUCACCCCAGAAAGUCUCCUUAUGCCCCUUCAAGUCAGCCCCUCAUCCUGAGAGGCAACCAGUGAUCUCGUUUCUGUCACUAUAGUUUUGCUUGUUCUAGAACGUUAUAUAAAUAGUGAUAUAAUUUAUACUCUUUUAUGUCUUUUUCCCUUUGCUUAAUGUUUUUUGAGGUUUAUCCAUGUAUCAGUAGGUUUUGGGGGUUCUUUCGUGUUUUUUUUCAGUUUCAUAGCUCUUUUGAGAAGUCAAGAAUCACUUUCUACCCUGUAUCAAAGCUAUAUGCUUAUGUCUGUGUCUUUUAUCAAAGUAUGAGCCCCUGUAGCUAAAAUUAUUUUAGCACAGCCCCGGAUACAGGAUGUGCACUCCACAAAAAAAUAAGUACAUGAAAUAUGCAGGGGAGUUUAUGAAAGACAGGCAUAGAGGAGAGACCAUAGGCUUGGCCGGAAGGAGGAGGUACUGAUUCACUUGUUUUCAUGCCAUUUCGGAGUAUACAGAACUCUUCUCAGGCUUAGGAAGGUAGUAUAAGAUAAAACAAGUUUAAGAUGUUUGUGCUUCCAACAGACAUUUCCUAAGCACUUAGCUGUCCAGGCUCUACGCCACUGUUGUAGGAAACACAAAGCCACUGUGCUAGCUGCAUUCAAGGACUGUAGGUAAAAGUCCAAUAACAGAAGUAUACGGAGGGAACUAGUGACACAGGAGGGCAGGAAACAAGACUGGGGCAAGGGGAAAACGGGGGUGAACACCCAGGGGAGGGGAUUCCUGAGCAGAUGGAUUAAAUGUGUACAAAGCAAAGGUAAGGGCACACUAGCGGACUGUGAAGAGCAUGAGAAGUGUGCUUACCCAUAGGACCUUCCAGUUCGUAGCUGGGAGAUCAGACAAAAAGUGUAUGUAGAACAGUAGUCUAGGUGAGCUCACUGCUCAUGAUCUGAUAUUUCAUAUCACAGUACGGUAGUGUUACAGAUACCUACAAAUGCUAUUUGCCAGAUAGGAAGCGACAGGUGUCUUUGUUGGGGAUGAUACUCUGUACAUGUCAUAAAACGGCUGUAACAAAUUGAGUGAGGUCAUGUUAUUGAAAGUUUACUGUAAUGACUAAGACAAAUCUGAGCAGUCACCUGGCCACAAGUCCUGGGGGUCCAGCUGCAGGACCCAAAUCCGUCCUAGUCAAGCUGUGGUUUGGUGCCACUUUGUGGGAACUGUCUGCUCUAGUUAACUACUGACUGAAUUAUUUGGGUCCUGUAGCUGGCUGGGACUUCCAAAACAGUAGCUCAGUUCUAGGGCUCUUGUUGGCACCUUGUUUCAUUUAUGGUGUGAGCUUAGGCUACAGGGUUGCGCAGCCUGUAGGGGCAGAGUUGCCCACAGAGUGCAUUCAGGCACCACAGCUAUUGGGCCAAGGUAAUGUGGAAAGCUAAGCCUGGAGCUCCCAUGCUAAGCCAGGGCCCAGGUUUGUGCCUCGCAGGUAGCUCUUUGGAGGAAAAUUUUUCCUACUUAGACCCUGUAGUGUCCCUGCUCAUGAGAUCAAAGCAGUGAGCUUACAGAAAUCACCAAGUACACAGGAAGGUGAGUCUCAUUGACUGGGGGUCUACAAAGUCAACAAAGAACAGAUAUAAAACCACAAAAACUGCAGAUACUGAAAUUGCCAGAUAAUGCAGGCAAGAGAGUAGUUACACAUGAAGUGUUUGAAAAACCAGACACCUUCCUGCGAAAAUCUGGACAAGACAAGGAUGCCCGCUGUCACCAUUUCUGUUCAACAUAGACAGUACUGGAAGUCCUCGCCACAGCAGUCAGACAAGAAAAAGAAAUAAAAGAUCCAGAUUACAAGGGAAGAGAUAAAAUUGUCAUUAUAUGCAGAUGACAUGAUACUGUAUAUAGAAAGCCCUAAAGGGUCCACACAAAAACUACUAGAACUCAUAAAUUCAGCAGGGUAGCAGAAUACAAUAUCAACAUACAGGAACCUGUUGCUUUACACUAACAAUGACAUAUUGGAAAGGGAAAGUAAAAAAAAAAAAAAAAUCCCUUUUAA